AGACGCAAUGGAGGCUGGGCAUGGCAGCCACCAGGCUCGUCCCAAGCCGCAGUGGUGGAGGAGGUAGUAAUACUUACUGUCUGGUGAGUGGGAGCAGGGAGUUGGUGGUGCAUGCGUGGUGCCCAGAGAAACUUCAAAUUUCGAGAUUGCAUUUUGCACGGCGUGCCUUCCUCGACGGAGUGUGGAUCCCCCGCCAUCAUUCGGGCACGCGAAAGGCCACGGAGCAAGGGAGCGGCGUCGGGGGCGGCGGGAGUGAGGCAAAUCGUGGACGUUGUUGUGAGAGCAAUGGGAAGCGAAGAAGAUGCGAAGGAGGCAGUUGUUCGGUUUAGGGGAGGCCAGAUGAGAGAGCGAGAAGACGAGGUACUUUAAUGAAAUAUGCGCCCGGGGCCUUGUGUGUGUGCGUGUGUGUGAGUGUGUGUGCGCCAGCGAGCGAGCGAGCUCUCCUGCCAGUGAAGGAGUCCCACCGCAUCAUCUCGACAUUGCUUUGUUUCUUGUUCAAGUUUCGAUGAUAAAGUCGCGCGUGUGUGUGUGUCUGUCUGUGCGCGUGUGUGCGCAAGUACGCGUAAGACAAAUUCCUUCGUCUGAUUAGAUUCGCCGAUUAUUACCCUUCACGUCAAAAUCUCGAGUUCUGCUGACAGCUAGCUAGCUAGCUAGCCAGCCCUAGCUAGCCAUAGUGGCAUUAGAAAAAAAAAAAAUUGUGAGGGAUUUUGUAAAGUCUGAAAGCCUUUUUUUCCUCUCUCGGUUUUUUUGUGGAAGAAGGAAAAAAUGAGGGAGAGAGAGAGAGAGAGAAGGGUAUGAUGCGAAGUGCAGUGGUGGUUAUGUGAAAAGCAGCAACGACACAGGUAUGUGUUGACCGACCGCUGCGGGAUUAUAUUCGAAGGGGUACGACUACUACUACUACUACUACUACUACUACUAAGAAGAAGGCUGGUCGGAAAAUUGCCUCCAUACCUGUCAAACUCCGCCUCAACAACAAGCCGAGAGCGCCGUCUCUUCGUCGUCGCUGUGGUCCUUCAGAAGUGACGCGACAGUCGGGUGUCGGUAUCUUGUCAAAAGGGUGCUCUUCAUUCCCUUAUGAGGAGGAAGAGGCACAGUAAUACAUUAAAUAAACAAGCAAAACAACAUUGCAAGAGCAAGAGAGAGAGAGACAGAUACAGAGACACAGAGAGAGAGAGAGCAAGAGCGGGGAGACAGGACACCCAACAUUCCUUCGUAAUUACAUCUUCGGAGAAGUCUAAAGGUGAAGACGUCGUGAAGGAUAUUCGCGCCUUACAUACCAAUCGCAUUCACUGAAGAACGGUGAAUUCCGGAAUGUGUCCGUUUGUCCCAAGCGAGUGAUACCGAGUGUUCGUGUUUGAAGUCCCAAGUGGGAUCGUCUGGGAGAUCGUUGUCACUGGAAAUUCCUCUGUGCUUAUCACUGUUCCUCCUCGUGGUUUCGCUCAGCACGCUUUUUGAGUAACAGUGCCAAUUCAGUGCCAAGUCAGUGCCGGAGUUUGUGCUAUUUAUGGUGCUAUUAUUGUUGUGACAGUAAAUUGGCUCUCCUUCAUUCGCUUUGAAGGUUUUUGAAAAUUGCUUCUUCCUUUUUUUUUUAAAGUAACUAGAUUCUUAGCUUUGAAAUUAACAAGUGAAAAAUAAAAUAAACUACAGAUAUUCUUUCAUCAAAUAGGUGACAAAUUAAUCUUGAUGUAGAAAGUAGAGGCCAGAUUAGAAGUAUAUUGAAAAGGGGCCUGUGAUUGCAAAAUUAUUAUUGCGAUUUGCCAUCCAACUAAAUCAAACUAAAUCACCCCUUUAGUGGAAUAAAAGUCUUGAUAGAAAGGAAAAAGAUAAUGAUGAAGUGACGUAGCUGCGUUCCAACUAUAAAACGAAACUGGUUUGAAAAAGCCUUUUCAGAAGAGUAGAAAAUUAUGCAGUUCCAUAGCCUUUUGUCAAGCGAUCAAAACUGUGGUUGUUUCUUCCAAGACACGGGGUAAGGUCUUGAGAGGUUAGCCAAAGAAGGUCUAUAGGAAGUAUAUAGGCCUUAAAGAAGCUUUGUUACUAUUUGUGAGGAGACUAUUGCCCUUUUCUAACUCGACGUUUACCGAUCUCAUUUCCGCUAAAAAAAAUGAUCGCUGAUUUGUUUAAGUUCACUUGAAUAACAAAGGUGUUCGGAGAAGGAUAGAUAUUGUUCGUGCACACACGCCUUUGAUUAUCACUUCCCUGGAAGAGCAGUUUCGUUUGUUUUAAUUUCUCUACUGGGCUGAAAUAGAAUUCUAUCCAGGAUGAAGGUCAUCACUGAAUACGGCUUUUUGCUCCACCGUUAUGUUGUCGUGGCGUGAAAGCUCCUCUUCUUCUUGCCCACUGUAAAUAGGAAGUGAAACCGUCUGUAUUAAGUAGCAGGAGGAGAGUGCUUUGUGCUGUCGUCGCGAGUGAUGAGGUAAAGUGUCGCACAGACUUUUACAGAAGGUGUACAUAGUGUACAUGGUUUGUGCAGUUGUUGUUCAAGGGGAAAAGCGACCCAGGUCCCCACUCCUCCAAGACACAGCAAAAUGGGGCAAAGCUACGGCCGCCAUAACGACUCUGAAAGAAAAACAAAUUCGAGUUUCUCGCACGAUUCCGAUAUUAGUCUGAGUACACACAGCGCCGAUUUCUCGCUGACGCCACCUCGCUCCAGGAAGGCAGUCUCAUUCCAAGGUACGCUUGGAGUGUCGACUUUCCACGACGGGUCAUCUUGCUGUGAAGACGUGAGUGAGGGUGGGUGUGAGGACGGUGACAGUGAGGGCGUGGGCGAGGCUCCCUCUGUCUGCCACACCCCCAGCGACCCUCCACCUCCGCCACCCUUCAGCCCGCCCCCGCCACGCCCACAAGCCAUGGAGGGCCAUGCAGCUUCUGCCACGAAGCUCGGCCGCAUGUCCCCCUCCGUGUACGUUGGCGGUGGUACCUUAGGCCGAGUCAGUCCGGGCCACGACUUGGGCUACCACACCCUCGUCACCAGACAGACGCCCACGCCUACGAGAGACCGGAACACGCCCACGAGAGAUCGCACGACGCCGUCGCCCUGGUCGGACGUGAGAGCCUCUCCGUUUCCCGCCCUCGAUCUCUCCGCCCUCUCGUCUUGUCCCCGGUCUUCGCCGAGACCGCAGCUUCCGCAGGUACCGCCCCAACAGCAGCAGCAGCAGCAGCAACAGCAGCAGACGACGACGCCACAGCAGCACCAGCACCAGCAGCAGCAGCAGUCGAUCGAGACGACGGACCAGCUGCUGGCGACGUACAAAGGGAAGCGGUUAGCGAGGUCCUCGCCCUUCGACAAGCUGAGCGACGAGUUAGUUGUAAGGAUAUUGUCGUUCCUGCCGACGAACUCCGUGUGUCAGUGCGCGAGGGUCUGCCGGAGGUGGUACGUGUUGGCGUGGGACCCCAGACUGUGGUCCACUAUCUCCCUAGCUAGUGACGGGAUCCACGCCGACAGGGCCAUCAAACAGAUCACCAGGCUUUUGGCGAGAGAUUCGGGCGGCUGUGUGCACGUCGAGAAGGUGAUCCUCAACAGCUGUUCGAGGCUGACAGACAGAGGCCUUUCGCUGAUAGGUCGUCGUUGCCCCGAGUUACGACACCUGGAAAUCAAAGGCUGCAUCAAUGUCACCAACAUUGGCAUUUUCGAACUUGUCACACAGUGCGUCAAUUUGGAACAUCUUGAUGUCACGGGCUGCCAUCAGAUCACUUGCAUUCACUUAACGCAGCAGGGUGCCAUGGAACCGGAGCCAAUGCAUUCCCGUCAGCUUUACCUGCAGUAUCUUGACAUGACUGAUUGUUACGCCUUGGAAGACCAGGGCUUGAAAGUUAUAGUGAAGAACUGCCCACAACUCCUUCACCUCUACCUCAGGAGAUGUCACAAUAUAACUGAUACUGGUGUAAAACAUAUAGCCAGCUACUGCCUAAUGUUACGGGAGGUCAGUGUUUCAGAUUGUGUGCAGAUUACUGACUUUGGGAUGUACGAGUUAGCAAAAUUAGGUCCUAACCUAAGAUAUUUAAGUGUAGCAAAAUGUGAUCAAAUAAGUGAUGCCGGUAUAAAACAAAUAGCUCGUCAUUGCUAUAAACUACGUUACCUCAAUGUGCGGGGUUGUGAGGCUGUGAGUGAUGACUCGAUGGAAAUGGUUGCAAGAUCGUGCCCAAGAUUAAGAGCUUUAGACAUAGGCAAGUGUGACGUUACAGAUAACGGAAUGAAACUUAUAUCCGAACAUUGUCCAAACCUCAAAAAAUUAUCUGUGAAAUCGUGUGAUAUGAUUACAGAUUGUGGUGUUCAAUACAUAGCAUAUUAUUGUCGGGGUCUUCAGCAACUUAACAUUCAGGACUGCCAAGUGACUAUUGAAGGCUACAGAACAGUUAAGAAAUAUUGCAGGCGCUGUAUUAUAGAACACACUAACCCUGGCUUCUUUUAGCAAGUACAGUGAUAUCUGUCAUCUUGUCUCCGUUAUCCUGUGUUGUGCCAGUGACUACAAUAACAACGACAAAAUUCAUCCCAGUGCCAAAUAAUGAGCCUAUGUAUCUUCGGUGCCAACAAGGACAAGUCCUGGGUAUUGCAGUGGGUCAUAUGCCACCACAAGAUACAUGCAGCCUAUGGCAACUAAAGUACCUACUCACCAGUGCCAAUUUCAGUGCCAAAAUGGUGAGGCAACUUUCUCGUGCAGCAAUGCAUCAAAUUACUCACUCCUCCAUGUACCAAAGUAAUGCUACAGUCGUGCUAAACUUAGCACGGGUGCUAAACUUAGCACGGAAUGCUGCUUUGUAGUUUGUACCUUUCUUUUGCUGUAGUGCCAGUCCUGUUUCUCUGUGUAUCUCCAUGUAAUUUCUUGUGAUUUUUAGAAGAAAAAUUACUCAAUAACACUUUUUUUUGCCGUAUUUAAGGAAAUAAUAGACAUUUGAUGGCAUAACUUUUGUCAUAAUAUUGGGACAUAACUGGUAUGCCUGUGAACUUUAUUUCUAAAAGUGCUGCUCUUUAAAUGAAAAAAAAAAUCAGCCAUCAGUUCAUGUUAUUUUUUUUUUGUUGUACCUGUGAGUCUGGUAGGGGCAGCAGGUUGCUAGUGUAUACUGACAGUUGGUGGUGAGAACUUCAUCACUAGAAGUGUCACAUGGCAGUGCUACCCCACAGAGAGCUAUGGUGUUCUUAAAAGAAUAUAUAUAUAUAUAUUAGUGCAAUUUUGUUUAGACUGACAAGUCACCCUGAAAAUUAAGUCCGUCCCCUAUAGCAUCAAUGCUAAGGUUAGAAGUCUAAGUUUUCUUUAAUUUGCUUUAACUAUUGGGAAAUAUAUUUUGCAUAGUUUUUCUAAAUUGUUGAAGACUAAACAAAGUUGUUGACCAUUGUACUUGUGAUUGCGUGUGUGUAAAUGCGUUUGUAAGUAUGGCCUAGACACCAGAACAUCGUUAGAACCAAAUCAGUGUAAGUACUAUUUAAUGAUCGCUCACUUUAAAUAUUGUACUACCGUGGGAAAUGUUAACAAAAUCACGUUGUCGGCCUUUUUUAGAUAUAUAUACUAUUAACAUUUUUGUUACCAGCAAUGUGUAUAGUUGAAAAUUCAUGUACUUCAUAGCAUAUUUUACCUUGCUUGUGAGCCAAGUUUUAUAUGCUAGAUAAAUAUGUUCAGGAACAAUAAGAAAAUUCACUAAGCAUCUCUUGAUUUUAAUAUUUUUGGACGACAAUGACCUUUGCAUUCUCAAGUUUUCUCUUUUAAGUGAUCAAAACUCAGGGGUUUUGACCCAAAAUUAAUUAUGUUCCAUCUGACAGUAUAUAUGCAAGCCACAGCUAGUAAGUACUACUGAGGAGCUACAUAAGAAAGUAUUAACUGACUUUACUUGUGGUACUAUACACUAAAACAUUAUUCUCAUGAGUUUCCAGUGCCAGAUAAAUUUUUUAGACCUCAGAAAUUAGUAUUGCCGUAAACAAUCUUUACUGCUGUUUUACUUAAAAUUUGUAUUUCCAUUUUUACAGUUACCUGUAUGUUUUAUAUCAUAAAAAUAUCUCUUGAGAAAUAGAAUAUCACAUUCGUAGUUAUCAAAUGAAAAAGUGUUAAAGUGAAUUAAGGUAUAUUCCAUCACAAGGAUCACAUCUGAAUUGUGUCUGUGAUUUUUGGACAUUACUUCAGUUAUACUCUGCGCGGUAACCAAGCAAUGUUGCCAGUGUUGGUAAUAUGUGUACAGGCAGUCCCAUGGUUACGACGGGGGUUCCGUUCUUGAGACGCGUUGUAACCCGAAAAUCAUCGUAAGCCGGAA